AUUCCCAACUUAAGCAUUUAUUCCACUGGGAUAGAGGAGGCUGGAGCGAGCCCUGCCACCGGGAAAAACACACUCACACACACACAUACACACAAAAAAACCACACACCAUGGCUGGGAUUUUCUAUUUCAUCGUCUUUUCGCUUCUCUUUGGGAUUUGCAACGGGGUGACCGGUUCUCGGAUAUAUCCCGCGAAUGAAGUUACCUUGCUGGAUUCCAGAUCAGUUCAGGGAGAGCUUGGAUGGAUAGCAAGUCCUUUAGAAGGAGGGUGGGAGGAAGUGAGCAUUAUGGAUGAGAAAAAUACUCCAAUACGCACCUACCAAGUCUGCAAUGUGAUGGAGCCCAGCCAGAACAAUUGGCUACGAACUGAUUGGAUUCCCCGCGAAGGGGCUCAGAGGGUGUAUAUCGAGAUUAAAUUCACACUGAGAGACUGCAACAGCCUGCCAGGUGUCAUGGGAACCUGUAAGGAGACCUUCAAUCUUUACUACUACGAAUCAAACAACGAUAAAGAACGCUUCAUCAGAGAAAGUCAGUUUGCUAAAAUCGACACCAUCGCUGCCGAUGAAAGCUUCACCCAAGUGGACAUUGGUGACCGGAUCAUGAAAUUAAACACCGAAAUCCGUGACGUGGGGCCAUUGAGCAAGAAAGGGUUUUACCUGGCUUUUCAGGAUGUUGGGGCCUGCAUUGCCCUGGUAUCCGUGCGGGUGUUCUACAAGAAGUGCCCACUGACAGUUCGCAACCUGGCUCAGUUUCCCGACACCGUCACCGGGGCUGACACAUCCUCCCUAGUGGAGGUCCGAGGCUCCUGUGUUAAUAACUCAGAAGAGAAGGAUGUUCCAAAGAUGUAUUGUGGGGCAGAUGGUGAAUGGUUGGUGCCUAUUGGCAACUGUGUGUGCAAUGCUGGGCACGAAGAGCGCAAUGGAGAAUGUCAAGCCUGUAAAAUUGGAUACUACAAGGCCCUGUCCACCGACGCUUCCUGUGCCAAAUGUCCUCCUCAUAGCUAUUCCGUCUGGGAAGGAGCCAUCUUGACCUGUGACAGAGGAUUUUUCCGAGCAGACAACGAUGCCGCCUCUAUGCCCUGCACUCGUCCUCCCUCGGCUCCCCUGAACCUGAUUUCCAAAGUCAAUGAGACAUCGGUGAAUUUGGAGUGGAGCAGCCCUCAGAACACGGGUGGUCGACAGGAUAUUUCCUAUAAUGUGGUAUGCAAGAAAUGUGGCACCGGUGAUCUCAGCCGAUGUCGGUCCUGUGGGAGUGGAGUACACUACACCCCCCAACAGAAUGGUCUGAAGAGCACCAAAGUCUCUAUCACUGACCUCUUGGCACACACGAACUACACCUUUGAAAUCUGGGCCGUGAACGGAGUAUCCAAACACAACCCCAGCCAUGACCAAUCAGUCUCUGUCACAGUUACGACCAAUCAAGCAGCUCCUUCUUCAAUUGCUUUGAUCCAGGCUAAAGAAAUAACAAGAUACAGUGUUGCGUUAGCUUGGUUAGAGCCUGAUAGGCCAAAUGGAGUCAUCUUGGAGUAUGAAGUCAAAUAUUAUGAGAAGGAUCAGAAUGAACGCAGCUACCGAAUUGUUAGGACAGCAUCCAGAAACACUGAUAUCAAAGGCCUGAAUCCUUUGACUUCCUAUGUAUUUCAUGUGCGGGCCCGGACCGCAGCCGGAUAUGGAGAUUUCAGCGAACCGUUUGAAUUCACAACCAACACAGUCCCUUCACGAAUCAUUGGAGAUGGUACCAAUUCCACAGUGCUUCUGGCUUCAGUUGCAGGCAGUGUUGUUCUGGUAGUCAUUCUCAUUGCUGCAUUUGUCAUCAGCAGAAGACGCAGUAAAUACAGCAAGGCUAAGCAAGAAGCGGAUGAAGAGAAACAUUUGAAUCAAGGGGUGAGAACCUAUGUGGAUCCUUUUACCUAUGAAGAUCCUAACCAAGCUGUCCGAGAAUUUGCCAAGGAAAUAGAUGCCUCUUGCAUCAAGAUUGAAAAAGUCAUUGGAGUUGGUGAGUUUGGCGAAGUAUGCAGUGGGCGUCUCAAAGUGCCUGGCAAGCGGGAGAUCUGUGUGGCAAUUAAGACUCUCAAAGCAGGGUAUACGGACAAACAAAGGAGGGACUUCUUGAGUGAGGCCAGCAUCAUGGGGCAGUUUGACCACCCUAAUAUCAUCCACUUAGAAGGCGUCGUCACCAAAUGUAAGCCAGUAAUGAUCAUAACCGAGUACAUGGAAAAUGGAUCCUUGGAUGCAUUCCUGAGGAAGAAUGAUGGCCGAUUUACAGUCAUACAGUUGGUGGGGAUGCUUCGAGGCAUUGGCUCGGGAAUGAAGUAUCUGUCCGAUAUGAGUUAUGUGCAUAGGGAUCUAGCUGCCCGAAACAUCCUGGUAAAUAGUAACCUGGUCUGCAAAGUGUCCGAUUUUGGCAUGUCUCGAGUACUUGAGGAUGAUCCCGAAGCUGCUUAUACGACAAGGGGCGGCAAGAUUCCCAUCCGGUGGACUGCACCAGAAGCGAUCGCAUAUCGUAAAUUCACAUCAGCAAGUGAUGUGUGGAGCUAUGGAAUUGUAAUGUGGGAAGUGAUGUCAUAUGGGGAGAGACCGUACUGGGACAUGUCCAAUCAAGACGUAAUUAAAGCCAUCGAAGAAGGAUAUAGACUACCUCCCCCUAUGGACUGUCCCAUUGCACUCCAUCAGCUGAUGCUUGACUGUUGGCAGAAGGAGAGAAGUGACAGGCCUAAAUUUGGACAGAUUGUCAAUAUGUUGGACAAACUCAUCCGCAACCCCAACAGCUUGAAGAGGACGGGCACGGAGAGCUCCAGACCUAAUACUGCCUUGUUGGACCCAAGUUCUCCUGAAUUCUCUGCUGUGGUGUCAGUGACUGACUGGCUCCAGGCCAUUAAAAUGGAGCGGUACAAGGAUAACUUCACAGCUGCUGGCUACACCACCCUAGAGGCUGUGGUGCACAUGAACCAGGACGACCUGACAAGAAUUGGCAUCACCGCCAUCACACAUCAGAACAAGAUUUUGGGCAGCGUCCAGUCAAUGCGGACCCAAAUGCAACAGAUGCACGGCAGAAUGGUUCCCGUCUGAGACAGUACUGAAUAAACUCAAAACUCUUGAAAUUAGUUUACCUCAUCCAUGCACUUUAAUUGAAGAACUGCACUUUUUUUACUCCGUCCUCGCCCUCCGAAAUAAAAAUCCGCAGCAUUGCUUGGUGUACAGAUUGCUGAAACUGUGGGGCCUACAGAAAUGACAACCCGUCAUUUAAACCAGACCUGGAACAAAUUGUUUCUCAAAAUAAUAUUUCUCUUGUCAAUCAACAGUAUGUAAUAUACAUGUAUCUAUAUAAAUAUAACAUCACCUUCAAGUUUUGGUUCUGUGUUUGCAGCCAGAUACUGUACUUACUUCUCUUCUUGGAAUUACAACCAGAGUAUUUUGUUUGUGGGAUAAACCACAGUUGUGCAUAUUUUACUGAAACAAGGAGGCUGCCCUGGGAUUUUUUUCUUCCGACUUGGUCUUGGUUUGCAGGGCAUCACUGAUACCAUGGAAAAAAUCCUCAGUGAGAAUUUGGUUUGUUGAUCAGGGCCUCAUCAUCGGUGCUUGCCCAGUCGAGGGCAUCAGCGACCCGGUGGAUUACGGAAACAAGCAAACAAACAAAAUCCCAAACACUGGACAGAAUGGGUCUGUGUUUUUUGGCUGCUUUUGUGCCAAAUUGAGUCUUCACAUGAUGAACUCUUGCAACGAAUGGCAACCCUCUUACUGCCAACUGGCUGUGAUGAUUUUCUGGAGAACUUUCAUUACUAACCUCCUUUUAAGAAGCCUCUCCAGAGCUAAAAGGGAAAACAGAUUCUGCUUCCUUGGCCUCACAGCCCCUCCUAUCACUCCGUAAUCACACAGCGAUCACACCGACCAUGGGAAAAACAAACAACUGAACUCUAAUCCUUCCAAAUCCUUCAGGCCUCCUGCUUCCACAUCAGCAAAGAGACUCACUACAGGAAUAGAGACAUUCUGCAAUAGAGACACUGGGCAAACAGCACUGGUCCCUUAAAGAGGGUGUGACUUUCAAGUACUAUUUUCCAGUGGAAGAAUUGAACACGUUCAAAGAUUCAGCAUCUGUCCUCCAAUGGCCACUUGAGGAAUGUACUGUAUCAAAGCCCUAGCCCUGCAGAGCCCCUGUUUUGUCUUUGUUUUAUUUAUCUAUAUUUCCAUAUAUCUUUCCUGCAUGUCACUGUUGCAUCCGUACGACUAUGCGAGUGACAGAGCAAUACAGGUAUUAUUAUCAUGGUUGCCAGAUUAGGUGCCACCACUCAGAACCCAGUUCACGUGAGCUGCCUAUAUAUAUUGCUAAAGUAACAUUUUACACAAGAUGUGCCAUUGCAGUGAUAUAAAUAUAUUUUUUUUCUAGACUAAAUAAUGAGCUAGCUUUUGACGUGUGUAUGUAUGUGUGCGCGUGGGUGUGCGUGUGCAUGAGUAUCAUCUCAUGCUUCGAACAGCCUGUGAAUGCUUGGAAAAUCCCCGCCAGGCAUUCUAGCUCUCCACCGGUUCCAAGCUGAAGAGAUACAUGAGAUAGUGGACUUAUAUAGGCUACGUCUGUUGUACUAGGAAGAAAAUCCACAAACGUUCCCAUUUCCUCUACCUAUUAAGUGUAUUUCGUAGUUGCCACACUAACCUUAAAUAAUAAUUCCACAAUUUAGGCUGAAGGAACUUUCACCUUGGUUGUGAAGUGGUGAUUGAAAAAAAACACGAAAGUCCAUUUGGGUGAAAUAAAUCAAUAUCAGUAUCUCUUACUCCGAUCAAGGUCAUUAUCAAAGUCAUCAGUUCCUUGAUGAAAGAGGAAGGGUGAAGACACCUUUAUCUGGUGUCCCUGAACCGAAAAAUAAGUAGCCUUUUUUUCGCUCACAAUGGUGGACUUGUUAAAUGCAAACAGAUAUAUGCAAUUCUUAUAACUUCAAAGAUGCACAAGGAUAAAGGUAUAGGCCUUGACAAUAUAACAUCCUAUAGUUGAAACACUCUCUGUCCCAAC